GGAGUUUCAGUGUUUAGUCUGCCGCGCCGCAGAGCAGAAGGAAUAACACUGACACACGAUGGAAGGAACUGACGAUGGCGAAAUAUUCAAAUCUUUGAUGCCGUGUGAUCCCAGCAAAAUUCCGAAUGUGACACUGACUGACUACCUUUUCGGGUUUCUUAAAAAACGUCUGCACGCCGUCGCAGAAAACCCCUGGUUGAUUGACGUCUGCACGGGAAAGAGAGUGUUGUUCGGGGAAGUGGAGGAGCUGGCAAGAAAAGUGGCGAGUGGCUUGGCUCGCCGCGGAUUCGCAAAAGGCGACAUUCUUUACUUUGUUUCUUAUGAAAUUGUGAACAUCGGAAUUCUGCAAUUAGCCGUUUGGCUUUUGGGAGGAGCGACUCGGGGUAGUUUCCAAAUUGAGGAACCAGAGGAAUUUAGACGUCAAAUAGAUCAGGUUCAGUGCAAAUUUCUGGCUGUCGAUUCUGAAACCGUGCAGUCAAUUAAAAAAGCGAUUGCUCUUGCUGAUUACGAGUGCACGCUUAUCAAUGUCGGGGACUCGCAAGUUGAAGACACUUUGGAAUUUUCAGACUUGGCAAAUGAUGACGGAACAGCAUUUCCUGCCGCAACAGAUAUAGAUCCGGAGAAUGAUGUUUUGUUCAUCUGCAACACAAGUGGAAGCACUGGCACGCCUAAAGGAGUGAUGCACACGCACAAAAAUAUCGUUAGCUUGAUGGCAAGUUUUGAAGCGCUGUUUGCCAAUUACGGAUAUGAUGAGAGUUUACUCCUCACAGCCAGCAACUUCGCGAUUUCCAUUUUUUGGGUAUCCUGCGUGUACCUCGCGACUGGCAAUACCGUCUACUGCAUCGGCAGGUACAAGAAGGAAGAGUACCUUGACCACGUACUCAAAUACAAGCCAAAGAAAAUGUCGCUGUAUCCAUACAUCUCCAGUUGGCUAGCGCGUUCCUCUGAACUGCAAAAGCACGAUCUCAGCUUCAUAAAGGAUAUUACGCUUGGUGGGUCGGUCAUGGAUCCGACAACGAUGCGCCUUCUGCAGAAGGGCUUCCCCAAUGCCGAAAUCAACAUGACAUACGCAUCUACAGAGACCAUCGCAGUCUCCAUUCAUUUUAAAAGGUCCGAUCUUCCGCAGUUUGGAUUUUCUCCUGAUGGCGAAGAAAUGGUGUCCUCGGGAAUUUUAUGUCCACUGAUGCAGGCAAAGAUACUUGAUUUGGAGACAGGGAAACUGCUUGGGCGCAACAAGCUCGGCAAACUCUGCAUCAAAGGGAUGCACGUCAUGAAAGGUUACUUGAUCGAAAAAGACAAAGAGCCAAACAGAUCGUGCUUUGACGAAGAAGGCUGGUUUGACACUGGGGACGUAGCAUUUUUCGAUUCAACUGGCCAACUGUUUGUGAGAGAAAGAGUUUCCUCCAUGUUCAAAUACUACAUGCAUUUCGUGAACCCUACUGAAAUCGAAGCUAUUCUGCAAGAGCACCCCGCCGUCCAAAUGGCCUGCGUGAUCGGCGUGCCAAACAAGGAAACCACAAACCUCGCAAAAGCUAUUGUUGUUUUAAAGGAAGGAAACACCACCUCUGAAGAGGAACUGCUCAAGCUUGUGGCGGACAAGCUGCCUUUUUACAAACAUCUCUACGGCGGACUGCAGUUUGUCGAUUCGCUGCCCGAAAAUAAAGGGAGAAAACUAGAUAGAAUAGCUAUAACGAAACUGUACUCCUAGACAUGCCGCAUAUUUUUUUUAUCAACAGUCAAACUUGAAGGAUAAUAAUUUGAAACGGGCAUGAAUUAAGAAUUGAAUUUUCGCUAAACACGCUCAAAAUAUUAUAUUUUCCGUCAGCUUGUAGAUUUGCAGAGCAGAAAUGUUUUAAACGCCUACGUUCCUCGCUGAAGUAUGUUUUAUAUCUUAGUUCCUCAGGAAGAGACUAGACAACUAUAGUAGAUAUUUGAGAGAACGUUAUGAUUUUAUUUUUGAAAUAAUGAUUUACUAAAUUGUUAAUGGAUUUUAAUAAAUAACAUAAAUAUGCUACUGGCUAAA